AUGGCGUCUUCGAGUCGAGAACCUCAACCUUCUGCAUCCAGUAAAAGAAGAAGAAAUCGUUUGAUCGUUGAAGAGGCGGUUAACGAUGAUAAUUCGGUUAUUGUUCUGUCGACGGCUACAAUGAAUGAACUGGAGUUAUUUCGAGGUGAUACAGUUAGUGUCACGGGAAAGCGUAGGAAGCAAACGGUCUGCGUUGCCUUGUCUGCCGACAAUGUGCCUGACGAAAAAGUUUGCAUGAAUAGAUGUGUUAGGAACAAUCUUCGAGUUCGGCUAGGUGACGUUGUUUCGAUUAAGGCUCUCCCUGACAUCAAAUACGGCAAACGUAUCCACGUUCUGCCCAUCGAUGAUACAAUCGUUGGUCUUACGGGUGAUUUGUUUGAGGUUUAUUUGAAGCCUUACUUCAUGGAGGCAUACAGACCUGUUACUAAGGGCGACACAUUCCUCGUUCGUGGAAAUCGCGCGGUUGAAUUCAAAGUUAUUGAAACUGACCCAUCGCCCUCCUGCAUUGUUGCGCCCGACACAGUUAUUCACACCGAGGGUUCUCCCGUCAAGCGUGAGGAAGAGGAUGAAAAACUAACCGAAGUUGGCUACGACGACAUUGGUGGGUGCAGAAAACAAUUAGCGCAAAUCAAAGAAAUGGUUGAACUCCCGUUACGUCAUCCACAACUUUUCAAAGCUAUUGGUGUAAAACCACCCCGGGGUAUUCUGCUCUACGGUCCCCCCGGAACCGGCAAAACGUUGAUAGCCCGUGCCGUUGCAAAUGAAAGUGGAAGCUUCUUUUUCUUAAUCAAUGGACCAGAAAUUAUGUCGAAGCUCGCGGGUGAAUCUGAAUCUAAUCUACGGAAAGCCUUUGAAGAGGCUGAAAAAAAUUCACCGGCCAUCAUCUUUAUCGACGAGUUGGAUGCCAUCGCUCCUAAGCGUGAGAAAACUCACGGGGAGGUAGAGCGCCGGAUCGUUUCUCAACUUCUUACCCUCAUGGAUGGACUUAAGCAAAGAAGCCAAGUCAUCGUUAUGGCUGCUACAAACAGGCCUAAUAGCAUCGAUCCAGCUCUACGUCGCUUUGGUCGCUUUGACCGCGAGAUUGAGAUUGGUAUUCCAGAUGCUACCGGUCGUCUGGAGGUUCUGCGUAUUCACACUAAAAAUAUGAAGCUCGCAGAAGAUGUCGAUCUGGAACAAAUUGCCAACGAAGCCCACGGUCACGUUGGUGCAGAUCUCGCGUCUUUGUGCUCUGAAGCCGCCCUCCAGCAAAUUCGUAACAAGAUGGAUUUGAUUGACUUAGAGGAUGACACGAUCGACGUUGAAGUCUUAGAGUCCCUUGCAGUAACAAUGGAUGAUUUCCGGUGGGCUCUUGGGAAAAGUAACCCAUCUGCUCUGCGUGAAACCACCGUCGAAGUUCCCAACGUUACAUGGGAAGAUAUCGGAGGUUUGGAGAAUGUCAAACGGGAACUCCAGGAGAUGGUUCAGUAUCCAGUCGAACAUCCCGAUCUGUUCCUCAAAUUUGGAAUGACUCCCAGUAAAGGUGUUCUUUUUUAUGGUCCCCCCGGAUGUGGUAAAACACUACUGGCCAAAGCCAUCGCUAAUGAAUGUCAGGCAAACUUCAUAAGCAUCAAAGGUCCUGAACUUUUGACUAUGUGGUUUGGCGAAUCUGAGGCAAAUGUUAGAGACAUCUUCGACAAAGCCAGACAAGCAGCUCCCUGUGUACUGUUCUUUGAUGAGCUGGAUUCAAUUGCCAAAGCUCGUGGAGGUAGUGUGGGAGAUGCUGGAGGCGCUGCUGAUCGAGUCAUAAAUCAACUUCUAACUGAGAUGGAUGGAAUGUCAUCUAAGAAAAACGUGUUUAUUAUUGGUGCCACAAACAGGCCGGAUAUAAUUGACGGUGCUAUCCUUCGUCCUGGUCGACUUGAUCAACUCAUUUACAUUCCCCUUCCGGACGAGAAGUCGAGGAUCGCCAUUUUCAAGGCAAACCUGAGGAAGUCUCCUGUUGCCAAAGAUGUUGACAUUGGUUUCUUGGCCAAGUCCACGGUCGGGUUUUCCGGCGCUGAUCUGACCGAAAUCUGCCAGCGCGCUUGCAAGCAGGCCAUCAGAGAGUCAAUCGAAGCUGAAAUAAGGGCGGAACGUGAGAGGCAGAACAACCCAUCUGCCAUGGAGGAUGAUAGCGACCCUGUGCCAGAAAUUACCAGACGCCACUUUGAAGAAGCGAUGCGGUUCGCUCGUCGUUCCGUCACAGAUAACGAUAUCCGCAAGUACGAGAUGUUCGCACAGACGCUGCAGCAGUCCCGAGGAAUGGGCGGUAACUUUAGACAUUUUUGCAUAUGUAUCCAAGAUUUUGACAAGAGGUUACAUCCCGGUUCCUCCUCUAGAUUUCCGGCCGAACAAGGCGGUGCGGCUUCUGGCGGCUUACCUCCUGCUCCUGUUUCCAACAAUCCGUAUAACCAAGGCGCAGAAGAAGAGGAUUUGUAUUCAUGA